AUGUAUGAUGAGGCUUCCUGCUGGCCGGCUUUUAUGGCUUGGCUGGAAAUGCAAAUCUGUUAUGAAUGUUUGCGUUUGCUAUUCGACGGCCACAUUUUCCUCUUUCCCGCUACGCCCACAUUUUCCUCGUUCCCACUACACAUCAUCAUUAUAUCCUUUGGCCAUUUCAACAGCGAUGCCUUCGUUUUCGGCCCGGCUCCUGUCUUCGUCUACACUCAAGAGAGGACAACACCACGCCCACCACCUUCGACCGAAUUGUUGGACUUGGAUCCAAACUCCCCACGUGCAAGGGGUUUAUGUCGCAAGUACAAUAUCAAGGUUGUGUCUGAUGACAGCAUUGGUGAUCGCACGGGCAUGGUAGCCGAGGUCGUUCAGGCAAUUGGCAAAGUGUGGGAAAGAGCUAUGGACCCCGAGGCUUCAUCCGACCCUUCGAUUAGGAAUUUGCAGGCCGCCUUUGAUAAAUUGUUGACGAGGGGAGAUGAGUUUACCGAGAUGGAUCGUAUGGACCUGGUUCGUCAUAGCGAAAUUCACCAGGAGGCGCUCAGAUCCCUGCCUGACAGCAUAGCGACAACGAGCCAUUAUCGGUAUGUUUUGGCCACCUUGAGGAGGGAGAAAGACCGGUUGCGUGAACAAAUCGAUUCAGACCGUGAUCUGGUUGCAGCAAUGGACGCUACUUUAGAAGGACUACGGCCAUUCAUCCCAGACGAGAUCCCAGACAAGGGGAAGGGGAGGGACAAAAGGGAUGGACCAGGGUUUAAGUAG